CUUUAGAAUUGCUACUGUCGCGAGGCAAUUAGACACGAGUGUAUCUUGUUGCAUAAGUUGAUAUUAAAAAAAAUCGGUUGCCGCUACACAUAAAAGUAGGAAACGUUAAUUUUUCAUAAAAUUUAAGAAGCACAUAAAGGAAAGCUGGAUAUAACUUUUUGCCAAGCGUACACCUAUGCUAUUGAUUCGUGGUGUAUAAGCAAUACAUUUUUGAGGCUUCACUACCCCUCUUGAGGGAGUUCACGUUGAAUAUACUCUAUCCCCUACCCUAUCUACAUCGCACAGGUGUAAGGAAAAAAGGAGUAAAAGAGAAAAGAAAUAGCAGAGUUGCGGAGUCGCGGUGGUAUCCACUCGAACUUCUCAACUUGGUAGUGAUUCAAUUACCAUUAGCCUAUCCUUCAUCGGUCUACCAUUUGCUUCAAACUAUUCGAUAUUUAAUUAAUUAAACGACGGAAGCCAAGUAUUACAAUGGAUUUAAAAGAAGAAGACGAAAGUGCGAACGAAAGUGGCAGACAAUUGUUUUUAGUGGGUGCACCGCGCGAUCCUCUUGUAUCUACUGGAGCGAUCGUCGCUUCUGCUGGAGCACCUGACGAGAUCAACCCUGGAGGAGAUCUACAGUCGACUGCUCUAGCUGGUCUGAUAGGCGCUCAAUCUUCCUCGGUUUGCUUUCCUACAAAAUUCUCAUACGACUUUUCACCAAGUCCUGGGAGCGAAGACAGGCAGUCGUCCGGAGUUGGUAAAAGGAAACAACGUAGAUAUCGUACUACGUUUACGAAUUUUCAAUUGGAAGAAUUGGAAAGAGCUUUUCAGAAGACACACUAUCCUGAUGUAUUCUUUCGGGAAGAGCUUGCUCUACGUAUCCAAUUGACAGAAGCCAGAGUACAGGUAUGGUUUCAAAACAGAAGAGCGAAAUGGCGUAAACAAGAAAAACAGUGUAAAGUAACCACUCACUUGGCUUCCCAUUUACCACCCUCGGAGUGUCAAGAAUUACAGCAACAACAGCAGCAGCAACAGCAACAACAACAACAAUCGGAUCAUUUGUUACUGGAACCACCGUUGGGUAGCCCUCCACCUAUAUAUCUUGGCAUGGAAUGGGCAGGAUUUUCACCAUAUAGUAAUACAGCCACAGCAUCACCUCUUGUGGUCAAUAGUAUGAACAAACCAUUGGAAUCUGAAGCGGAUGAUAAUCCUUUGCUAGAUCCAGAACUGUUGCAACUAAAAACUCCGCGUUCCUAAUAACAAUAAUCUAAACUCAUGAUGUAGUGUCUCACCAGUAACAUACCUUACUACAUUAUAUGUAUAAUAUUUUUUAAAGGUAAAGUGGAUAGUGCAAACAAUUCUUUGCAAUAUCACCUGAAUUUUACCAUGUAUCGUGCAAUAUAUAACCGCAAAAAGUGUUAUAUGUUAUUACCGGUUUCAACUGGUAUAUACGCGUAUAAUGUAAUUGAAAAACGAGGGACCAAAGACUUAUUAUUAAUAAUGUGACAAAAAAAAAAAUUAAAAGUCAAAAGUGUAUCUGGAAUAUUGUUAUAUAGAUUUUGUAAAAAUAUAUAGAUUUAUUCUUCUUAUGGAUUCAAUGAAUCUUUAAGUAAAUAGUGAUAAUUGUAUUGUACAUUACAAUCAAAUAAAAAAAUCAAACUUUUCAUCCUUGGGAAAGCAACCAAUGAAACCUGUACCAGCAUAAAAUAGUAACAUCAUCUUUAUUCCGUGCGCAUAUAUUACAAAUCAUUGAAUCAACUAAGUUAUUAAUUUGUUGAUUUAGGAGCAAUUAAGCAGUUCAGGCUACUUUCCCUGAUCUUUCAAACAAUUCGGUUUAGAGAGUAUCGUUAAUAAGAAUAUCGUUUCCUUCUAUAUUAGAUCAAACGCAUGUUCGAUAAAAAAAAAAAAAAAAAAGAUCCGUAGUAAUGUAUCGUUUUAUUCCAA